CUGGCAACCAGGAGCAUACUGAGCAACACUCUGAAUUCAACCUGAAGUGAAUCUUUCAGUUCCCUGAAGAGACAACCACAGACAUCAAGACCAUGAAGGCCGUCAUUGUUUUUGUGCUUCUUUUUGCAAGCGUCUUCUGCCACCCAGUGAAACGCUCUGCAAGCAGUUCAGAGAGCUCAGAAGAAGUGGUGAGGCCAGCUCCGGUACUUCGGAAAGCUCCUGUAACUCUGACCAUGAAGGCUGCAGAACCUGCUGCUGCUCCUGCUGAUUCGGAUGAGAGCACGGAAACAUCAGAGGAAACUGAGGAAUCUAACACGGCAUCCGACGACAGCACAGACAGCACAGACAGUGCCGACAGUGCCGACAGCGUGGACACACAGGAGAGCGAAACGGAGGAGAGCAUUAGCGAAAGUACGGAGUCUGGAGAGGCACCCACUACUGCUGCUACCACCGCUUUUCCCAUAUCGGUAGUGGUCCCCACAUUCCCUCCGUUCACUGACAGUGGCCGGGGCGACAGCAUGGGCUACAGCGACUAUAAGAAAUCCGGCUACAUGGAGAGCAACGUUGUGGAGAAGGAGCCCUCACCUUACAAGUCCUACGCCGAUGACAAGAUGGGACUGAACAUGGUGAGCAAGAAGUCCGGCGCGACCUUUGAUGAUGGUGCAAACAACGUUGAGAAGACCCUGAAGGUUUACAAGGCCCUCCAGGUGCACGAGGAGAUUCUGGAGGAGGACACCAGCACCCCCGACGUGGAGAGCCAGAGCCUGGACACCUCCAGCGGCAUCCAAGACGAGGCCGUCGUCCCCAAGCAGGCCGAGGCCGGCCUGGACAGCAGUGCUUCCGCCGCCGAGGGCCCGGCCUCCUCCCAGAGCGAGAGCGACAGCCAGAGCCAGAGUGAGGAAGAGGCGGCGGCUGGGGCCGUGAGGGCCGCGGGGACGAACGCGCGCGAGCGCCGACAGCGACGGCACCAGCGAGAGCGAGAGCGCCAGCGCCAGCCAGGAGGAGGAGUCCGAAAGCAGCCAGAGCAGCGAGGAGAGCGCCGCCACCGCCACACCUGGGGCCGCCGACAGCGACGAGAGCGACGAGAGCAACGAGAGCCAGUCCGACUCGACCUCGGAAGAGCUGGGCCCAGAGCCCACCAGCGAAGCCCCCACCAUCGUCAUCACUGCCAAGUAAAACCAAUCGCUGGUUCAAUGUCCCCAUGCUCGGCUGGCUGCGGUGAUGAGUUUGCAAGGGGAACUUCUGUGGUGUGCACAGCUAAACACCGUGAGGCCUGAGAGAACUGAUAAGCUCAGCUAGGAGGCAUAGUAGCGAACAUUCAGAGACAUUGUGGCCCUUUGAAGGUCUGUACUUGCAGCAUUUGUAAAGAGCAAUAAAAUGUCCAUGGGUGUCUCGGAGAAGCACAGGCAUUUAUUGUUCAU